GAAAGGACGGCCCACCGCAUGCACCCCAUUUUUGAAUUCUCAAGUUCCUUGCUAUGUCUCCGAGCGUCGAGGUCGCAUUGAUAUCAACACAUCCAUAAAAUCCAUUAAACACUUGAUUGCGGAAAGAGCCAAGCAAUAAAGAACAAACAUUCAUCCUUCCCGGAACGUACGGCUGCAACUGCCCCUGACGUCACGUCACACUGUACACGUCAGACCACUCUUGCACCUCUUUAAGUACUUACUCAAGUACUUAUGCAGACAGUGAAACUGAUUGACACACGAUUGGGUUUACAUUGCGACUCGACUCUCACAGGGGAGUCUUGAAGCUACAUACACCUUUGUUUGUCUCUGCUGAACAGAGAAUCUCUGCAGGUCAUCCAGCAGACCGACCGACCAACUGACCAAAAAACAAUGAAGACCGCUACGUUGUUACCGUUCGCCGCUCUGGCCAGCGGCUUCGUCGUCCCCGACGCUCAAGUAUUUGCCCAGCUUCCUGUCCAUGAGGAGCAGUCUCACGACGACGUCUCCUGGCUGGACUGGCUGUCAUCGGCAGAUGCAGUCACCUCGUCCAUCCACGAUGUGGUGGACACAUGGUCCACCGGUGUCGAGGAUGCCGUGAACGAUAUCAAGGGCCGCCUGGAGACUGAAUUCGAAUCCCUUUUCGAUGAGGAAGAGGAGUAUAGCCUCGAUGCCAUGAUGGAUAGACCUCACCACGGCGGGCACAGGCACAAGCACAAGCCCAACGAGACCAUCUACCAGCUCAUCAGCAAGAGCAAGUACACGACCAAGUUCAAGGCGCUGGUUGACGACUACGAGGACAUUGUCGAGAUCCUCAACAGCACCUCGGCAAACUACACCCUUUUCGUCCCCAUCGACAAGGCCUUUGAGCACAUCCCCGAGGACCACAAGCCCUCCAAGGACUUUGUCGAGGCGGUGCUCAAGUACCAUAUCGGGCUGGGCCUGUAUCCAGCGGGUCGGGUACUGGUCACGCACACCCUGCCGACUGCUCUGGAGGAGCCCCUGCUUGGAGACAAGCCCCAGAGGCUGAGGACGAGCGUCGGCAUCUUGUCUGGUAUCCGGGUGAACUUCUACAGCAAGGUUGUCGGUUUGAACCUUCCGGCUACGAAUGGAGUCAUCCACGCAGUCAAGAGUAUUCUGGUCCCUCCACCCAAUGUCGGCCGGGCGCUCACGCUGUUCCCCUCAAGAUUCUCGACCCUUCUCCUGGCAUUUGAGAAGACCAACUUCACUAGCUACAUCCACGGCAUCAAGUUGACCGGCAGCACUGUCUUCGCGCCCGACAACGGCGCCUUCGCCAAGCUCGGCCCGGCCGCCAAUGCCUUCCUGUUCAACACGCACAAAGGCCUCGGAUAUCUCAAGGCGUUGCUCAAGUACCACGUCGUCCCCAACGAGAUUGUUUACUCAGACGCGUACUAUUCGAGCUCAGACAGUGGCGGCGACGACGACGACGACGACAGCGACGAGGAGGCCGGCGCGCGCCAGGACGUCGGCCGUGGUCACACCCACCUUGACGUCCCGACGUUGCUGGGCGACAAGAAUAUUGCUAUCGAUGUAGCCCGGCUUGGUGGCUUUAUCCGGGUCAAGGUGAAUGGGUAUAUCCCGAUCGCUACGCAGGAUGUAAUUGCGAAGAACGGUGCGAUUCACCUGCCUGCCCGUGUCCUCAUCCCGCCUCAUAAGCAUGGGAGGCACCAUGCAGAGGAGAUGGACGAGGAAAUUAGUGUUGAAGAGCUUAUGGAGAGGCUGGCUGAUUACGUUGACGACGAGUCUGCCAAUGGUGAGAAUCAGAAUAAGGCGGCAGUUGAGCUGGAACUUUGAAAAAUCCUGCAGGGGAGGAAGAGCGAGGACAAUCGACAGCAGAGGAGAGAUGAAUGAGAGGGAAUGGGAUACAGGGUCCUGGUAGUGGAGUAAGAAAUAAAGUACGGUUUGCUGUCAAAUGCAUAUAUAUUAGGAAGAG